CAUAACAUCCCGAUUGAGUAAAACAUUUUGGGGUCUUUAUCAAUUGGUAUAAUAUGAAGCAAGAUUACGUUGUGAGCUAUGGCAACACUGUCAUAUCUAAUGUCUUUGUUUUCUAUCGGCAUUCACAAUAUACAACUGCAUAAGCCAGGAACAAGUUAAUUGAUAAAUUGAAAAGUUAAUUAUACUAAUUACAAAGUGCAAUACUAUUACAUAUGCUAAAUAUGCUGUUGUGAUUUGUGAAAACCCCUAGACUCCUCCGAAGUGCUUAAUGAAUUGUGUGUAAAAUGAGUGAUACUUGUUCGUUUUCCAUAAAAUAUGAGUGCGAGGACAGCAGUUUCAGUGGCAGCAGUACGAGCAACUUCAUACAGGACAAAGAGCAAUUCGAUGCGAAUCACUCAGAUUCAUUGACCCAAAUUAAAACCACUGACGGAAAAGAAACUUCAAUCUAUUUAAGUACCGGCAACAAACUAUUAUUUACUAGUGGAAAAUAUUUUUACAUUGAUCAUACGAUAGCUUACACUGAAUACCAGAAAGAAUGCACAGGUAUUGUUGGCAUUUGUCACACAUGUGGUGGUAAAAUUAAAGGAUCGCUGAAAGUCAGUUCAAAUUUCAUUUGCCAUUUGAAAACCAAACAUCCAGAUAUUUAUCAAGACUUCAUCAGGCGAAAGAAUGAUUAUACUGCGACUUCUAUUAAACUAAGCAAGAAAAAUCACAACAACCGUACCACUUUAUGCCCGUCAAUUACUGACACACAAAAUGCUGAAAAACAGCAACAGUUUCACCACAAAAUUCUUCAGUUCCUGAUAACCACGAAUCUAUCAUUUGACACAGUGCAGAGACCGGCAUUUUUGGAGUUGUUUUCCUAUGCUGAUAUCGCAAUAGAAAUACAUCCAUCCAAUUAUUACGAAAAACUAGUCAAGGAUACAUGCGAUUACAAACGAAUGGAGUUGUUUCAAAUAUUUAAUGCCAGCACAUUAUAUUUUUGCUGUACCCUUGAUGUAUGGAAUUACAACGGAUUCUAUUACAUUGCGAUAUCUGCUCACUGGGUUGAUGAUGAAUUACGGAGGCAAUCUGCAUUGUUAGCAUGUAAAAAGUGUGUGGAAAAUUUGGCAUGUCUGGAGAAUUUGUAUCAUUUGUAUAGUGCAGCUAUGACACAAUAUGGUAUUGCUCCUACACAAAUUGUUGCCUGCACAACGUUAAACAUGCAAAACUAUUUUGAUGAUUUUGGCGAAUUGAAUUUGGGAAAAGAUGUAUUUCAGAACACGUGCAAUCCACAACUGAAUGAUGUUGCCGAAAAACUGACAUUUUUAUCAAAUCCGGAUGCGUUUCACGUUAAUGCAUUUAUGUUAGAUAUAAUAAAACUAAACAAAAUAUGGGGUGGCAACUUCUUUAGGAAGCUUAACAGUUGUGGAAAGUCCCUUCACAGUAGUUCAAUGGAAAAGUGCUGCAAUAUUUGGCGCAUAUAUAUGUCAAAAGAACAAACAGAUGUUGUAAUGUCCUUCCUUGGUGAACCCUUGGUAAAGCCAUGUCUCUACUCCGUGACAUCUCUAUAUGCAGCCAUAAAACAAUUGUUGAACAGCAAAGAACAACUCAAAGACAUCUCUAAAUGCUUAAAUGUUCCUUGUUUAUCAAAUCAAGAAAUUGACUAUCUACAAGAAUUCUUGCUUGUGUAUGAGCCAAUGGCUAUGGCAUUUGAAUUUUUAGAUAUGACACAAAACCACUAUUACGGCUGUUUCUUACCUACACUGGUAACGAUAAAAUGGAAAUUAAUAAGACUUUAUAACUCGAAAAAGCUGUGUCAUUUGCAAGAUGCAUUGCAACAGCUAAGGGAGGACCUACAAAUGGAUUUUAAAGAUUAUUAUAACUUGGAUGGAAGCAAAUCCGAUUCAAUUAUGGCUGCACUCACAUACCCGCCAGUUAAAACUCGUUUCCUUUCAGGACUUAAAGACAACAUAUAUUGUCUAAGUUUUCAUCCACGAAACAUGUUGCUCAAAUAUGGCAAGGAAUAUCAUAAAAGAGAUGACAACUUUCAUAAUCAGUAUACAUCACUUGUGAAUAUAUCAUCAGCGGAAUGUGAGGUUACUGAAUUUUUUGAUUUUGGUGAUUCAACUGAUUCUGCUGCCGAAAAUGGAAACCUUCCACAAUCAUUGAAAAUGGAAAUUGAUUCAUAUUUAGCAGAUCCUGAUGGUAGUUUAAAAUCGUUACAAAAAUAUCCGACUGUAAGACGAAUGUUCUAUCGUUAUAACACCUGUAUACCAUCACCAUCGUCGGUUUCACGUAUAUUUCCCGUGACAGAAUUGUUGCGAACCAGUUUAAGCUCUCCUUGGGAAGAGGAACAAUUUGAAAAUAAUUUCUUCUACAGCCACUAUUACGUCAACAAGAAUCGCAUGUAAUUCCAUAUUAUUGUAGGUAUUUAUGAAAUAAAUAACUCUAACAAAGCAA